UGUGUGCUCUGUGACGCUGCUACAUGUAAAAUUAGCUGGCUGCAGCCUUUCAGGGACACCUCUUGCGGACCGCCGGAGCCCACAGUGCAAUAAAUAUGGCAGCAGAGCUAUCCACUUCCAUAAACAUCAAGGAGCCCCGGUGGGACCAGAGCACAUUUGUAGGGCGGGCUAAACAUUUCUUCACUGUCACAGACCCCAGGAACAUCCUCCUCACCAACGAACAACUAGCACACGCACACAAAGUCAUCACUGACUACAGGAAAGGUAUAGUCUCUCCAGGACUGACAGAAGAUGAACUGUGGAGAGCCAAAUAUAUUUUUGACUCAGCUUUCCACCCCGACACUGGGGAGAAGAUGAUCCUGAUUGGCCGCAUGUCAGCGCAGGUUCCAAUGAACAUGACAAUUACAGGAUGCAUGAUGACAUUUUACAAGACAACUCCAGCCGUCUUAUUCUGGCAGUGGAUCAAUCAGUCUUUCAAUGCAAUAGUCAAUUACACCAACAGGAGCGGUGACGCUCCAAUCACAGUCAGUCAGCUUGGCACAGCUUAUGUGUCUGCCACCACAGGGGCAGUUGCCACCGCUCUAGGACUAAACGCACUAACAAAGCACAUCUCACCCCUGAUUGGACGGUUUGUUCCGUUUGCUGCUGUAGCUGCUGCUAACUGUAUCAACAUCCCGCUGAUGAGACAAAGAGAACUUCAACACGGCAUUCCCAUCACAGAUGAGAAUGACAACAGGUUAGGAGAGUCGACGAAAGCUGCACAGCAGGCUAUCUCUCAGGUUGUGGUCUCCAGGAUCCUCAUGGCUUCUCCAGGAAUGGCUAUCCCCCCGUUUUUAAUGAACCAUUUGGAAAAGAAGGCCUUCCUGAGGAAGUUCCCAUGGAUGAGUGCACCUAUUCAAGUCAGCCUGGUGGGAUUCUGCCUGGUGUUUGCCACUCCACUGUGCUGUGCAUUGUUCCCUCAGAAGAGCUCCAUGUCAGUCAGCCGCCUGGAGCCAGAGCUGCAGGAGAAAAUCCGGGCCAACCACCCAGGGGUGGAGCGGGUCUACUUCAACAAAGGGCUAUGAGUGUGCGGCCUCCUUCAUCCAAACACUGCCAUAACACAGCUGCAGGCUCAGUCUUGCCUCUCUGCCAGCCCUCUUCAUUCAGCGUGCCAAAGUU